AUGAUAUCAAUAACCAAUAAACGACUACUAACAUCAUGUCAUAGAACUAUUUUAACAAGACAUUUACUAAUAUCAAGAACUAUACCCAAAAGAUUAUCACAUUUACAUCAUCAACAAAUAAUAAUACCUUCAAGAAAUUUAGGUUUCAUUAAAAUAAUAGCAAGAGCAACUAAAAUACCAGCAUAUAUUGGUGGAACAGUAGCAGCUGGAGGUACUUAUGUUGCAUAUAAAGUAGAACAAGCUUCUUCAUAUACACAAGAUAAAUUAAAUGCAUUUAAAGAUUUUACAGAUGGGAUAUUUGAUAAAACAGGUGAAUUUUUUAAUGGAUUUAAGGGAAGUGGCGAGAGUGGUGGUAGUGGAGGAGGAGAUGGAGGUGGACCUGAUAAUGCAACUACUGCUUUGGGUGCCACUGCUGCUGCAGUUGGAUUAAGUUCAGAUGAUGAAGAUACUGUGAUUGGUGAUGAUGAUGAAGAUGAAGAUGAUGUAGAGACGUUAAUAGAAGAAGAUGAUGAAGAUUUACCUGAUGAUACAGAUGAUCAUAUGUUAAAUCUUACAAGACAAAUGAUAGAAAUAAGAAAUUUAUUAUCAAGUAUAGAUCAUGAUGGAAUUAAAUUACCAUCUAUAGUUGUUAUAGGUUCACAAUCAAGUGGUAAAUCAUCAGUAUUGGAGAGUAUAGUAGGACAAGAAUUUUUACCAAAAGGUUCAAAUAUGGUUACAAGAAGGCCUAUUGAAUUAACUUUAGUGAAUACCCCAGAAUCAGCUUCAAAUGUUGCAGAAUUACCAGCUUUGAAAAUGUAUAAUUUAACAGAUUUUACACAACUACAAAAAAUUUUAUAUGAUUUAAAUAUGGCAGUUCCUGAAACUGAUUGUAUAUCUAAUGAUCCUAUACAAGUUACUAUAAGAUCACCAAAAGUUCCAGAUUUAUCUUUAGUAGAUUUACCUGGUUAUAUUCAAGUUGAAGCAGCAGAUCAACCAAUUGAAUUGAAAAGAAAAAUUAGAGAUUUAUGUUUUAAAUAUUUAGAACCACCUAAUGUAAUUUUAGCAAUUUCAGCUGCUGAUGUUGAUUUAGCAAAUUCUGCUGCAUUAAGAGCAUCAAGAUUAGCUGAUCCAAGAGGUGAAAGAACUAUUGGUGUAAUAACAAAAUUAGAUCUUGUUAAACCUGAAGAAGCUAGAAAAAUUUUAACAAAUAAGAAAUAUCCACUUAGAUUAGGUUAUGUAGGAGUUAUAACAAAAGCACCACAAGUUAAAGAUUCAGGAUUAUUUUCAAGACAUAAAUUAGCUGGUUAUCAAGCAUUUGUUGCUCAACAAAAUUUUGAACAUAAUUAUUUAAAAGAAAAUAAAGAAGAAUUUUAUGGAACAACAGUUGGAACUAAAAAUUUAAAAAAGAAAUUAAUGAAAGUUCUUGAAAAAACAAUGGCUGCAUCAUUAAGACCAACUCAUUUAGGUAUACAACAAGAAUUAGAAGAAACUUCUUAUCAAUUUAAAGUUGAAUUUAAUGAUUUACCAUUAACUCCAGAAAUGUAUUUAGCAAAUAAUAUUGAUAUGUUAAAAUUAGGAACAAAAGAAUUAAGUCAUAAUUUUUCAAGAAAUGAAUUAAAAUCAAUAUUAAAAAAUGCAUUAGAUCAAAAAGUUUUAGAUUUAUUAGCUGAAAGAUAUUGGAAUAAACCAUUUGAUUUAAAUAAUACAAAUUUAGAACCAAAUUUAAAAGAAUUAACUCAAGCUAUACAUGAUUCUGAUGUUUAUUGGCAUAAAAAAUUAGAUUUAACUUCUGGUUCAUUAACAAAAUUAGGAGUUGGAAGAUUAUCAACUAAUUUAAUAACUAAUGCAUUAUUAACAGAAGUUGAAAAUUUAGUAGAUAAUACUCAAUUAAAAAAUCAUCCAAUGGCAAAACAAGCAGUUAAAGAUGCAGCAAAAAGUGUGCUAAGCACCAAGUAUUAUUCAACAGCAGAUCAAGUUGAAAAUUGUAUAAAACCAUAUAAAUAUGAAAUUGAAAUAGAAGAUAGAGAAUGGCAAACAUCAAAAGAUAAUGCAGUUAAUUUAUUAAAAGAAGAAAUGAGACAAUGUGAUGAAGUAUAUAAUGAUUUAAAACAUCAAGUUGGAGGUAGAAAAUUACAACAAGUUAUAACAUAUUUAGAAAAAUUAAAACAACAAAAACAAGAAAAUAUAGAUUUUUCAAGUAAUGAAACUUUAGGAUUUUCACCAACUUUAAUUCAAAGAGGUAAAGAUGCAAUAUUUUUAAAAGAUAGAUUAUCAUUAUUAAAAAUGAGAUAUCAAUUUAUAAAAAAUUCUAAAAAAUGUAAAUCUAAAACAAAUAAAUAUCAAUGUCCUGAAAUUUUUUUAGAUGCAGUAGCAACAAAAAUUUCAACUACUGCAAUAUUAUUUCUUAAUGUUGAAUUAUUAAGUGAUUUUUAUUAUAAUUUUCCAAGAGAGCUUGAUUUAAAAUUUUUCAAUAAUUUAACAAAAGAAGAUAUUGAAAAAUUUGCAAAAGAAGAUUUAAAAAUUAAAAAACAUAUUGAAUUACAAGAAAGAAAAGAUUUAUUAGAAAAUGCAUUAAGUAAAAUUGAAAGUGUUUUAGCUAUACAAAGAACUCAAAAGAAGACGAGUGAUGAUGAACAUAAAUCUAUUUUCAAAUGGUAA